GUGCUCUGAAAGACUGAAACUGCUGAAGGCUUUGGCUCUCAUCAGACAUCUUCCCUGUCCUCUCCCAAGCGUCGUCAGGGCUUGUGUGUUGUGUGUGUAGCAGCAGCUGCAGGCUUGGAAGGUAGCCAUGAGCUUGAUCAGCAUGAUGGAGGCGCGGCUGCCCCCGGGGUUCCGGUUCCACCCGAGGGACGACGAGCUCGUGCUCGACUACCUCUGCCGCAAGCUCUCGGGCGGUGGCGGCGGCACGUACGGCGGCAUCGCCAUGGUCGACGUCGACCUCAACAAGUGCGAGCCAUGGGAGCUGCCAGACGAGGCGUGCGUGGGCGGCCGGGAGUGGUACUUCUUCAGCCUGCACGACCGCAAGUACGCGACGGGGCAGCGCACCAACCGCGCCACGCGCUCCGGCUACUGGAAGGCCACCGGCAAGGACCGCCCCAUCUCCAUCUCCGGCCGCCGCGCCGGCGCCGGCACCAUGGUCGGGAUGCGCAAGACGCUGGUGUUCCACCAGGGCAGGGCGCCCCGGGGGAGCAAGACCGAGUGGGUCAUGCACGAGUUCCGCGUGGAGGGCCCGGCCGUUGCCGUUGCCGGCCGCCCCUGCUCACCUCCCAAGGAGGACUGGGUGCUGUGCAGAGUGUUCUACAAGAGCAGAACCACCGCGGCAAGACCAGCAAGCACCGACGAGACCGCGUCGCUGUCCAGCGAGCUCAUCAGCCUGUCGCUGCCGCACAUGGCCCCUGCUGCUGAUGCCUACCUCGCCUUCGAUCACGGCGCGGCGCCCGCCAUCGAUGGCUACUACCAGCAGCAAGGCGAUGCCGGCCUCCCGGUCCCGGCGUUGCACCACCAGUAGGGGUGGUAAUGGGCCAUGGCCCUAGUGGCCUCUUCACAAUCCAAUAGGGCCCUUAAAAUUUUUAGUUCAAAAAUACAUAUGUUUAAAGCCCGACCCUUUUAGGAUCCGAUCCUUAGAUUUUCUAGUUCAAAAUGUUGGGCCCUUUACCACCC